CGGGCGUCGAUGCGCCCCCUGAGCCGGUUCCUCCCCCUCCUGCUGCCCCCGCCCUCGCCCUCAUUCUUCCAGACCCUCCGUGCUGGCCUUCCACACUCUUGCGCCUCGUGAGGCUGCGUUUUCUUGCGCUUCCCGAGGCUUUCAAUAGCUUCAAUGCAUCACCUUCGACGCCUUCCGCAGAGGUCGGAAAGGUUUGAAAGAGCAUGGAGGUGGAGGGUCCUGCCAAAGAGGCCGUGCCCGCGGACUCACUCUUGAUCCGAAAGGGUCCAGCCGGCCGGCAAACCCCGCCUCCUCCCCUCCGCACCAGUUUUGGCCGAGUCGACGAAGCAUCGAAGACAAGGUCCAGAGACAACAGCCAGUCACAGAGAUAUCUGCGCGCCAGAUGGCCUUCCCUUGCAGCGCCCUGCCCUGCGCGAUCCUCGCUGCUCUUGCGGCACAGGCAUGGGGCACGGCUGUGACGGUGGCCACGUGGAACGUGGCCAGCAUCGAUUGGGCCUCCGCCGAGCAGUUGAGCCAGCAGAUCCUCGGCUUCAACGCCGACGUCGUCCUGACGCAGGAGGACGUCGAGUUCGAGCCGCAGCACAGCAGCAAUGGCAUCAGCCUGGAGGGCUACCGGAGGGCUGGCGCCUGCCGGGCGGAGCCGCUGUGGGACACGAUGAGUGCCUACGCCUUGGGCGGCCGCUAUCUGCAGAACGCGGUGUACGUCCGCGAGAGCACCAUCAGGGUGGUCCGCAGCUUCAGCCAGAGCCUCUCCGACACGUCGCCGAACCCGCGCUGCGCCGCUUACGUGGAUUUCGUGCCCGCCGACGCGCCCUUUGGCGAAGCUGAUUCCUACGUGGAGCCCUUCCGCGUGGCGAGCGUGCACCUCACGGGCGGCUUCUACGUGGACGGCAGCUGGCGGAAUUUCACCGUCGAGAAGCCCAAGCAGGCCCGCAGCGUGCUCAGCUGGCAGCCCGACAUCGCCGCGGGCGACCUGAACUCGUUCUCGGUCGCCGCGCAGGUCGCGGAGAGUCAGGGGUCGUACAGCCCGUUCGUGGAGGCACAGAGCGCCGGGGACGUCGACGAGUACAUCGGCUUCCAGACCGGAGGCGUCGAUGAGUUUCUGCGCGGGGGAAUGUACAGGGUGCCCGCGGACGACGGCGCCACUUCAAGAUGGGGAGGCACCGUUGAUCACGUGUUCCUGCGCAACUCCGCGCGGGUCGGCUGGGCCGCGGGCCAGAGCAGCACCGUGGGGACCUUCAGCAGCUCCGACCACGCGGCCGUGGUGGCCACCGUCGAGCUGUCCUGGGGCGCCGCAGCACCGACGGGCGGCUCGACGCAGGAACUGCCCGAGGCGCGCAUCGCGAUGAUCGUCUCCUGCGUGGCACUGUCGCUGAUAGUGCUCGUCGUCGGCGCAGCCUUGUGGCACUACGUGGUCCGCCGCCGCGCCGCGAGCACGGAGCGUGAGCAGGGGCCAGUGGUCGGCCAGCAGGCGACUGACGGCGAGGUGGACAUCGAGAAGUGAGUCGUGAGCCCGUGUGCACCCGUGGCAUGUCUGGGCGCUGGUGGUUGGCGGGGAGUGGCGGCGGGACGCCUGGCAAAGCAUUUCGAGCCGAAGGCUGGGCCGGCUGCUCCUGCCGGUGCCAGCAGUGGCGCCGAAUACUGACAUUUGCCUGAUCCACAUAGUUGAGCCCGCCUUUUUUUAGCCACCUACCCUGCUUCUCCUCGAGCCGACAGACGGCGCCGCGGACUGCCAGCCAGCUGACAGACCGCAGACGGUGCGCAGCGGGCUCGGUGGAGCGGCUUGCAAUUGGUGGAUUGGCCUUCGUCCGCGAUCGGACUCUGGAGCGGCACAUCCCGAGCGAAAGUGGAAAGGGUGGCCAGAGAUUUGUGUUCAUUUUUCACCAGGCGUCCAACCUGCAAGGGCUAACAUGGCUGUAGUUCGGCACCACCACCAUCAUCAUACGUAAUUGACACCCUCUGGCAUUCGAUUCGGAGGUCAUCCAUCAAAAAAAACACUCGACUCGGAG